AGCGUUUUCAAGUUAAAUUUAGCGCGCUGUCAACUUGCGGACAUCCUGCGUCAUAAGUCAAACAUUUGUUUUGAAAGCAGCCAGCAAAAUGUGAGGUUAUGUGAUAAAAAUAAAUACUUAAUAUGAUACAAUAUCGAAGCGAAAAUGAUUAUUGACGAGUAAACAACGUAAUUAUUUAAAUCUAUUUAUUUAUCAUCAUGGCACACAAUUUCCGGAAUUGUUUUGAAAAGACGUACAAAGUCAUAAACGAUAACAACGAAGCAAAAAUUCAUCAUGAUAUGAAUGGGAGUACUUCCAAACCCAUCCAUGUGCAGAGGGUUGAACGAGCUGUCCAACUGGAGAAUUUCCUCAGAGAAGUUAAUAACCAGUUGGACGAGAACAGCAACAGUGAUGACUCUAUCGACAUUUCCAACAAUAUAGAUAGUUUAUUGAAAGACUCCGAGUCUCAUUCAACCAAAGACUACUAUAAUUUAAAGAAUAUAUCGCAAAGGAGGGCUUGGCUGGCUGAAGUUUUACAAGAAAAUCCUGACAGUACCCGUGAAGAUGCACAAUAUAAACACAUAACCAAACUACACGCUUUCCAGAAGCAAAUACGGAACCAUAAAGAUGUCGACUUUAAACGUUAUAUUUACUAUGGUUCUGGUUUAUUAAGUGAAAUCGAUAGAUACCCUGACAUUGAAAAAUCCCUACCUGUCAAAUUGAUGAAAAAACGCCACAUGAAAGAAGAAACGUCAAAAUCUCCCCUUUAUCCUCCUGAAAUCCUUGAAGAUAUUUCAGACGAACCAAUGGGCCUUUCACUUGAUAACGUUAUGGAUUUUCAGAAUUUAGAUGAAGAUUCUAACGUUAAUUCAGAUUUUAGUCAACCUCUUAGUCAGACUUCACAACAAGUAAAUACAUCACAUAGUUCCAGCAAAAAGAGAAUGAAGAAGUUUAAGGACGAAGAGUCUAGGAAAAAGUGGGAGGAUAUGAUGAAAAUAAAACGAAAAAAGAUCUUCACAAAUAUGGCGAAGAAAGAGAUAGGGAAACAACAUCGUUCUAAAAUAAAUAAACACAAAGAAAUGCUAAUACAGUGCAGAAGAGUUGCUCAACAGUGUCUUAAAUAUGGCAGACAGAAGGCGUUGCAAUCUGCGCGGACUGUCAAAGAACAACAAUGGCGCAUGAAGCGCUUAUCCCGUGAAAACAUAGCCUACUGGAAGCGAUCGCGGCGAUUUGACCGAGAAGUGAAGAAACGUCUAGAGAAAGAAGCUGAGGAACAAAGAAAGAUAGAUCACGAAUUAGUAGAAGCUAAACGUCAACAGAGAAAACUCAACUUCUUGAUAACUCAAACUGAGCUCUAUGCCCACUUUAUGUCGCGUAAAUUAGGCAAAGCGUCUCCUGAGGAACAGCUGCGAAUUUUAAGUCAAUUAGACGAGGAGAGAAAUCCUCGAUUAUUGAAUAUCGACGACUAUGAUAGCGAAUUGAUGAAAGAGAAAGCGAAACGAAACGCACAAGAAGCGUUUCAGAAUGAGAAAGCGAGGACGAAGCAUUUUGAUUUAGAGGCGAAGAGUUCAGUGGAUGUUAAUUCAAUCGACGGAGAACAACCACAACCGAGCAUUUUUCAAGGGAAGCUCAAGGGGUAUCAGCUCAGGGGGAUGAAUUGGUUGGCUAAUUUGUAUGCUCAGGGAAUCAGUGGAAUAUUAGCCGACGAAAUGGGAUUGGGGAAAACUGUACAAAGUAUAGCGUUUCUUUGUCAUAUAGCUGAAAGAUAUUCUGUUUGGGGACCAUUUCUGAUAAUAUCACCGGCAUCUACUUUACACAACUGGCAGCAGGAAAUAGCGAAAUUUGUGCCUAAUUUUAAAGUAGUUCCCUAUUGGGGAAAUCCAAAUGAAAGGAAAAUUUUGCGCCAGUUUUGGGAUCAAAAAGACAUAUAUACCAAGGAUGCCAGUUUUCAUAUAGUCAUAACGAGUUAUCAAAUCGUUAUAACGGAUAUAAAAUAUUUUAAUAGGAUUAAGUGGCAAUAUAUGAUUUUGGAUGAAGCUCAAGCAAUUAAAAGUACAAGUAGUAUGAGGUGGAAAACACUUUUAGGUUUUAGUUGUAGAAAUAGACUGCUUUUAAGUGGUACUCCUAUACAAAAUAGUAUGGCGGAACUCUGGGCAUUGUUACAUUUUAUCAUGCCGACACUUUUUGACUCUCAUGAAGAGUUCAACGAGUGGUUUUCAAAAGAUAUUGAAAGUCACGCUGAAAACAAAACUGGAAUUGAUGAAAAGCAUCUUUCUCGCUUGCACAUGAUCCUCAAACCGUUCAUGUUACGAAGAAUAAAGAAGGAUGUAGAAAACGAACUUUCGGACAAAAUCGAAGUAAUGGUUUACUGUCCUCUAACCACACGACAACAGCUCUUGUAUAUGGCUCUCAAGCAGAAAAUAAAAAUCGAGGAUUUGUUGCACUAUAGUGUCGGCGGUGGUGAUUCCCACACUGUAGACAAAAACUUUACUUCAAACUUGAUGAAUUUAGUUAUGCAAUUUAGAAAGGUCUGUAAUCAUCCAGAACUGUUUGAACGAAGAGAUGCAAAGUCACCAAUUCACCUUGCACCAUGUGUGUUCCGUAUACCGUAUCUUAUCUUUGAUUUUAAUGUUAGAGCGGAGUUGACGUUAAAGCUCCAAAAGUACUUUUUAUUCACUGCGGAGUAUAUAGCAGAGGCCGUUAGGACGAAUUUUAACGAAACGAUUUUUAGUAUUUACAAAGCUUUAAAUUUAUCUUUUUAUGAGUUUUAUAUGAUUUUACAGGGCGAUAUUAAAACAAGAUGGACACACUAUUUUCGUACGGAAAAUGAAGACGAAAUUUUAUUUCAUAGAAAAUUUUGGAACGAUGAUCUUCGUGCCCCGUCGAUGCGUCUUAGUUACGAAUUUAAUUUAAAUGAUUCUAGUAUUAGAAGCAGUAGUGUUUUGCCUGAGUUGAUAUUUACGAGAAAGAAUUUUGGAAGUCGCGUUUUCUAUACACAUACGGAUCAGUAUUAUUACCCUAUGCCAGAAACAGUGGAACAUAGAAAUAUUAGGUGUAAGAACGCACUCAAUAAUGAAGAAGAUACUAUUAUUGAUGUAGUGACAGAUGAAUCUCCUCUGAUUGAAGAAGUUAAGUCAGAAGUUGGUGAAACUAUAAACUACAGAGAAACACCUCAGAUACAGAAGUGUGCGUUGACAGUCCUGCCGCCAUUUUUAUUCUGUACCAUGCCUAAGGUUACAACUACUUUCCCAACUUUAUAUUGUUAUUCUAGAAGAGUAGCAUGGCUCAAUCAACGUCACAGUAACGACUUUAGUUACAACUCUUUGAAUUAUUAUUGGUCUCAAGCAACAGGAAACAAGUUCAAUUGUAAAUCUGCAGAGACUUUGUACCCACAACCAACAAACGCUAUUGAUAUUCUAAGACCUUUAAAGGGUUGGUCUUGCAUUGCCAUUCCAGAUAAAGAAACACUGGUAACAGACUCUGGCAAGCUCUCUGUACUCGACGGACUUCUGAAAAAACUGAAAGAGGAGGGUCACAGAGUCCUUAUUUAUUCACAAAUGACAAAAAUGAUAGAUUUAUUAGAAGAAUAUAUGUGGCACCGACAUCAUAAAUAUAUGCGUCUUGACGGUUCAUCCAAGAUAUCCGAGAGACGAGAUAUGGUUGCAGACUUUCAAGCCAGAACAGACAUAUUUGUUUUUCUUCUAUCUACUCGAGCUGGUGGGUUGGGGAUAAACUUGACGGCUGCCGACACUGUAAUUUUCUACGAUAGCGAUUGGAAUCCAACCGUAGAUCAGCAAGCGAUGGAUCGAGCUCAUCGGCUCGGUCAAACCAAGCAAGUUACAGUCUAUAGACUUAUUUGUAAGGGAUCAAUUGAAGAAAGAAUCUUACAAAGGGCUCGAGAGAAAAGCGAAAUCCAAAAAUUAGUCAUUAGUGGAGGCAAUUUCAAACCAGACACUCUAAAACCGAAAGAAGUCGUUUCUUUACUCUUGGAUGACGCCGAAUUGAUUCAUAGAUCUGAAAAGCUCCGAGCUGAUAUUAACAGGACGAGUAACGACGAGAAGGACCCGGAAAAGAAGAGGAAACACAUGCUGGCAUUUAAGACGAUUCCCGCGAUCCCCGAGAAGAAGGGUAAAUCCGACAGCCAGGAAACCUACAUCGAAGAUUGGAGCAGCACUUUCGACAGCGGUCCCAGCAGUCCCCAUAGCGUGAAUUCGCCUGACGUUCUAACCGACGACAUGGCAGAAAGUGGUUAUGGCGAAGAAGAUUCUCCAAUUACUAACAAAUAUACUGUUUAUAACGUGUAUGGUUCAACGGUAAAGCCGCGGAUUCCGGGACGAGGAGGUUCAAGACGAGGACGACCUCGUGGCUCUAGAAGGAUGUCAAGCUUGGGACGAACGAGUAAUAGCGUUUCAUCCACGAACACCAACGGCGAAAACGAUUAUUCACCCAACAGCCAGUCAAGUUUAAAUUCUCCAAUUUCAAAUAAUUUUUUGAACGUUCCUCUGGGAGUCAGCGGUGGUAGUGUCCAGUCAUCGAAUCCAGCAAUCCGAAGAGGACCGGGACGCCCUAGGUUAAAACCUUCAGGACCGCCAAAUACAGGGACGAGAGGAACGUACAGGCCGAGGAAGCCUGCGAGACCUUUACCGGUACCACUGCCAUCCGAUGGUUCGAAUGUAAAUAGUUCAACGUCUGGUUCCAGCGCGACGCCCUCAUAUUCUACUUACUUAUACGAUAUACCUGAUCAGGCAGAUAGCUAAUUUCAUUAAUUACUUUAUUUAAUUAUAUUAUCAGGAGACGAUUUUAUUAAUUGAAAUUAUACAUAUUUUUUCAAUAACAGUCAUUUAUUUAUGUUAAAUUUAAUAAAAAGCUUUCGAACAA